UGCAGUGCAGAGUACUGCGCAUACAACUCUGUAAAGCUACGCGCUCUGAUCAGAGGCACUCCGCUCUCCACACAGGGCUUAAUGACAUUACCAGCGGUUUAUAGAGUCGUGCUUACACCUGAUAUGCUGCUAUUCUUUAACCAACUCUGGACUGUGUACACAGUGGUAGACCUUUAGACCAGUUGGCUUUGGAUAUAAUCUGUGGAGCGUUGGAGAAUAUAGGAGAGGAAGGAGUGCGUUCUCCCACCGAAGUGUUUUUUUUUGUGCUACGCGUCCACACGUGGCUGCUUUACAGCAGGGCUUUAAAGUACAGCCGCCACCUCACAGAGAUGCUGAAGACAGUGGGUUUUUUUAAGCACUGACGACUUAAAGCGCGAGCAGCCAGGAAAAGGGCUGAACUUUACGAUUCGGUGAGACUUAAAUAAGCAAACAUCAGCACAAAAAGUAAAGAGCGGAAAGAAGAAAAAAAACAGACGCGCAGGGGGCUUGGCCCAAAAAAAGUUCAUUACCAUUAACUUACCAACAAACCAAUAUUGGCUGUAUAUUUUUUUCUUUUUAAAAGCGUACCUCAUCAACCACCAAGAUUUCACCCAAAAGCAGACAAGAGGAUCGCCCUGCGCUGACGAGACUGGUCGGCAGGAAGCGGCUAAUAGCGGCUGGAGUGCUUGGAGUCGUCAUGGUGUUAGUGCUGGUGAUUCUGAUCCCAGUUCUGGUUAACUCCGCUGGAACUUCAGCGCACUAUGAGAUGCUGGGAACCUGCAGGAUGGUAUGUGAUCCAUAUGGAACCAAGUCACCGACCGCUACGGCAGACACGGUGCGAGCGGACAACAGCCUCAUGCAGUCUUUACCAACUUUUAUAACAGGUCCGAAAGGAGAACCGGGCCGCCCAGGGAAGGCUGGACCCAGAGGCAUCCCAGGUGAUCAGGGCCCGCCCGGUCCGAUGGGGCCACCCGGGGAGAAGGGGGAACCGGGGCGGCCUGGACUACCGGGGCCACCGGGACCCAAUGCCGCGGCGGGGGCUAUCAGCGCGGCUACGUACAGCACCGUUCCCAAAAUCGCGUUUUACGCAGGCCUUAAAAAACAGCACGAGGGCUACGAGGUGCUGAAAUUCGACGACGUGGUCACUAAUCUGGGGAACCAUUACGACCCCACAACAGGGAAGUUUACCUGCUCCAUACCUGGGAUAUACUUCUUCACUUAUCACGUCCUGAUGCGUGGAGGGGACGGAACCAGCAUGUGGGCAGAUCUCUGCAAAAACAAUCAGGUUCGAGCCAGUGCCAUAGCCCAGGACGCUGACCAGAACUAUGAUUAUGCCAGUAACAGUGCCGUGCUGCAUCUGGAGCCUGGAGACGAGGUCUACAUCAAACUGGACGGGGGCAAGGCCCACGGGGGCAACAACAACAAGUACAGCACCUUCUCUGGAUUCAUCAUCUACGCAGAUUAGCUAACAGACCUAGCCUCAACCCUCAGUCAACCUACAGCCUCACCUCUCAGUCAACCUACAGGCUCACCUCUCAGUCAACCUACAGGCUCACCUCUCAAUCAUACGGAACACCAUCUCCAUGAUCUGUCCUAUAGUAACUAUAUUAACUAUAGGCCCUAGUUACUAUAGUGACUAGUACUAUAUUUGAUAGUUGAGGCUAUAGGAGCUUGUUACUAAAGUUACUAUAGUGACGAAUACUAUAUUUGAGAGUUGAGGCUAUAGGACCUAGCCUCAACUCUCAGUCCUCCCUACAACCUCAACCCUCAGUCACAUACUUACAGAACACCCUCUCCAUCUAUAUGAUCUAGCCUCAACUUUCAACCCUCAGUCAUCUAAUAUCGCAGCCCC